UAAUCGAUACAAAUGCAUACUAAUGCCCAGAAGCAGCUUCCGGUCGCGAUAAUGCGGAAGCAGCGUAGCGUAGCAAGGACACCAGCGCAAAUCUCGAGGGCCGCCACAUUCUAGCUAGACUGCUAGAGCUAGCUGUUGUUGCCGAUCUCCGGCCCGCGAACACGCAGCAGGUGCGGUGGUCAUGCACGGGGCAAAGCACCGGAUCACCGCCAUCUCGUCGCAGCAUCAGUUCGGCGCGGCGAUGGGCGGCGGCUCGGACGGCCACGGGCACCGGCCGGCCCGGCAGGCAAUUCGGCAUGCUAAGCUCAAGAUGCUCCUCGUCGUCAUCGCCACCAACCUCGUCUCGGUGUACCUCUUCUCCGGCGCGUCGCUAUCGCUCAACAUGCCGGCCUCGGCGCCUCGCAUCCACCUCUGGGACUCCACUGCGCUCCUCCGGGACCUCAACGCUACCCGCGACACGCUCUCGCUGGCGCGCGCGGAGCUGGCCUUCCUCCGUGCGCAGUGCGGCACGUCGUCGCUCCUCCUCGAGUCCGUGCUCUCCAAGCUCGGCGCCGUCCACGGGGACACGCCGGCGGUGCAGGACUUCAACGGCUGGCCCGAGGAGCCCACGGGCGAGCUCAGGCUGGCCAUCGAGCCGCACCGUCUCCCCCUCGGCUACUCCGUCAACUUCGGCACCGACGAGCUCUUCCCGGGCCUGGGCUUCGCGUGCCGCAACUUCCAGGAGGAGCUCACGCAGUACAUGACGUACAACGCCAGCGGCGAGUGCCCCGACGACGAAGGCCUCGCGCUGCAGCUCAUGCUCAAGGGGUGCGAGCCGCUGCCGCGCAGGCGCUGCCGGCCGAGGUCCCCGGCUAGGUACGUCGAGCCGAAGCCGCUCCCGGAGAGCCUGUGGUCGAUGCCGAAUGACACCACCGUGAACUGGACCCCGUACACGUGCAAGAACUACACCUGCCUGGUGGCCCGCGCGCGCAGCAGGGGCGGGUCCUACGACUGCAAGGACUGCUUCGACCUGGCCGGCAAGGAGCGGCGGCGGUGGCUCUCCGACAACGGCGGCCCCGGGUUCAGCAUCGACAACGUGCUGCGGUCCAGGCCGGCGGGCACGGUGCGCGUCGGACUCGACAUCGGCGGCGGGACCGGCACCUUCGCGGCGCGGAUGCGAGAGCGGAACGUCACCGUGGUGACCACGACGCUGGACCUGGACGCGCCCUUCAACCGCUUCGUGGCGUCCCGGGGCCUGGUGCCGCUGCAGAUCAGCCUCGUGCAGCGGCUCCCCUUCGCCGACGGCGUGCUGGACAUCGUGCACUCCAUGCACGUGCUCACCAACUCGGUGCCCAACGACGUGCUCGAGUUCGCGCUCUUCGACAUCUACCGGGUGCUCCGCCCAGGCGGCGUCUUCUGGCUCGACCACUUCUUCUGCCUCGGCCCGCAGCUCAACGCCACCUACGUGCCCAUCUUCCGCCGCGUCGGAUUCCGCCCGCUCCGCUGGAAGCCCAGCCCCAAGCUCGACCUGGGACCGGAGAGAAACGAAUGGUACAUCUCCGCGUUGCUCGAGAAGCCCAUGACAUGAUCACGCCACAUAUAUGCGUCUCAGGGCAGGUUCAUUGUUGGUUCUUUAGUGAUUUCUUUGUUCUGUUUUGGGAGCGUACUCAAAUGCAGAGAUUGUACAUGGUUUCUGAAACAUUUGCAGAGAAAUAAUCGAGUACAUUUCUUCAAUAACAA